CUCGGUGACUCAAACAUCCUGUAUUUAUACGAUUUUUGGAGGGUGGCUAACGUCUGAUUGGGCCAAGGGGUGUGGCCUCUCGCACCCCUUGGCGCAGGAUCUGUGGGGUCGAUAGCAUAAAUACUGCGUUGCGAAACCAUAAGUUACCAUUUAUCUCAGUAAUUCUCAUCUGCAUUAUAGUAACUACUAACACGUAUUCAGUAAAUAAAUUAUCAUGACUGGUCGCGGCAAAGGAGGAAAAGGUCUUGGAAAAGGAGGCGCCAAAAGACAUCGCAAAGUACUUCGGGAUAACAUUCAGGGAAUCACCAAACCCGCCAUCCGUCGUUUGGCUCGUCGAGGAGGAGUGAAACGUAUUUCCGGAUUGAUCUACGAAGAGACCCGCGGUGUGCUGAAAGUAUUUCUGGAAAACGUGAUCCGUGACGCAGUUACAUACACCGAACACGCAAAGAGGAAGACCGUCACCGCCAUGGACGUCGUCUACGCUCUUAAACGUCAAGGUCGCACAUUGUAUGGAUUCGGUGGUUAAGCUUAACAAUCUUUGGUAAUAUUGUGUUCAUUCAGCAUUCUUCUAUUUUUAAAAUUGCAUUGAAUUAAAAUUUUUUUUAUUAAAAUGGUCCUUCUCAGGGCCACUAAAAUACUAAAUCAUUUA